GAAUGCAACAUGCGAAGCGUCCUCGGUGAGCCAGUUAAGAUCCAACAGUGGGUGGUAUACUCGCUUCCAAACGAUGCGCUGUCCAUCGAGAAUGCCAUCAUCAUCGAUCGUUCACGGCGCUGGCCCCUCAUGAUCGAUCCGCAGAGACAGGCCAACAAAUACAUCAAGAACAUGGGCAAGGACAUCGACACCGGAUUUGAUGUCUGUAAGAUGUCGGAGUCCAACUUUCUCCGUACUCUGGAGUUGGGCAUCCAGUUCGGCAAGUGGAUUCUGCUGGAGAACAUCGGUCUCAACCUCGACCCUGCGCUGGAACCCAUCCUCCAACAGCAGAAGGUGCGGGACGGGUCCGGCUUCACUAUCAAACUGGGCGACAAGUCUAUCACCUACGCCGACACCUUCAAGUUCUUCAUGACCACCACGCUGCCGAACCCGCACUACUCGCCGGAGACAUCGGUCAAGGUUACCCUGCUCAAUUUUGCCAUCACGCCAACGGGCUUGGAGGAUCAGAUGCUGGGCAUUGUGGUGGCAAAGGAGCGACCAGAUCUGGAGGAACAGAAGAGUCAGCUGGUCAAAGACAAUGCCAAGAUGAACAAGCAGCUUAAGGAGAUCGAGGAUGAGAUUCUUCAUCUCUUAUCCGCCAGCGAAGGGGACGUGCUGGAAGAUGACACGCUG